UGUCAAACCCGACACAAGAUUUAAAAACUCGGUAUACUCCGUGAAAUACAGGGAUUUAUCUUGCUGUGAUAGGCUUAAUCAGUAUUGUGUGAACUCGUUGGGCGAGGGCUUAAAUGUAACGGACGUUCAUUCAUAUGGAAAAGUUCUAAACUGCAAGUUCAAAAGACGAAACAGAGUUUUCAACCCUGAUCUACUCGGGCAGGUCGUUCCAAACUCUAGAAACCCGAAUUACAAAGGCUCUAUCACCUUUGCGUCUCAAUCUGGACCUUGGAACAACAAGAACAACACAUCAGAGUAUCUCAGGGAGCGUGCAGGGACAUAGGGCAAUAAGAGAUCUGAUAUAUAACCUGGGGCGAGGCCUCUCUGGGCUUUGAGGCGUAGAGGGAGCAUGGACAUGAAAAGAGGACUGGACUGAGCACCGAGCCUUGGGGCACCCCACAGUGAACACUUCUUGCUACUGACCUGGACACCAACGCAGAAACACGUGUGAAAUGAUUAGUCGAUCAACUGAAAAUUGAACGGUUUGAUAAGAUGCUGCACAGUAAGCAAAAAAAAAAAAGUCUUGAGGACGAUUUUCCCGAUUUGUCCAAAACAGGCUUGCAGUGAGCCGGAGGAAGCGCCCCUGGCAGUGUAGUGGGAGCGAAGCGCCUCCUGUUAUUUCCCCUCCUCUCCAUCCUUUUACGCCGAACCAGAACCAUUCAUCUCUCCCCUCCUUCAGGCUUCACAUCCGGGUCAUCCGCCAGUAUCUGUCUCUUGCGUCUGUGUGUCUGACAGUGUAAUAAUUAUUUCAUCCGCCGCCGUGCUGUACUGCAGCCCUCUGCCCGACUGCGCGGCUCGCCGAGCGGACACUGCGCCUGGCGUGCACCGGUGAUGAUGGAGCCACGGGCGCUGUGAAGCUGCAGCCGGUCGCACAAAGGCAGGGAUGACACGGUAGGAGGCUUUUGUAUGGGCCAGCCCGCGGUGAUUAACUCGCCCUAACGAUGUCUAAGAGCCUCAAGAAGAAAAACCACUGGACCAACAAAGUCCACGAAGCGGUGAUAACCCGGGGAAAGGAAGGAGAGCUGGGGUUCGAGCUGAAGGGGGGCGCGGAGAACGGCCAGUUCCCCUACUUCGGCGAGGUGAAGCAGGGGAAGGGACUGAUCCAGAGCGGCAAACUGGCCCAGGAUGAGCUGCUGCUGGAGGUCAACGACAUGCCAGUGGCCGGGCUCACCACCCGGGACGUGCUGGCUGUGAUUAAACACUGCAAAGACCCUGUCCGCUUCAAAUGUGUCAAACAAGGAGGGGUGGUUGACAAGGAUUUGCGGCACUACCUCAACCUGCGUUUCUCCAAGGGCUCAGUGGACCACGACCACCAGCAGAUCAUCAGAGACAACCUCUACCUCCGCACCGUUCCCUGUACAACCAGGCAGCCUAAGGAGGGGGAGGUGCCGGGGGUGGACUACAACUUUGUGAGUGUGGAGCGUUUUAUGGAAUUGGAGCAAAGUGGAGCCCUGCUAGAGAGUGGAACCUAUGAAGAUAACUUUUACGGCACACCGAAACCUCCAGCGGAGCCGUCUCCCGCAGCCCCUCCUCUGAAUGUGAGUGAAGCCCUGCUGCCCGGAGCCCGGCCCAGCGCCCAGGGCAAGAGGAAGAGGAACCAGUCAGUCAGCAACAUGGAGCAGCGCGCCAGCCUGGAGCCGCCUGAGGAGGAGGAAGAGGAGAGCCCAGUCGUCAACGGCAAUGGGGUGGCCAUCACACCAGAGUCCAGUGAACAUGAGGACAAGAGCACAGACGCCUCCGGGGAGGUUGCUGUUGAAGUGUCCAUCCAGGCUCCAGCCUCCACCGAACCCCCUAUCGAGGGAGAGGAGGCCCCAAAAUCUCCCUCUAAAUCCCCCGCCAAAGUCCCAGAUGCAGAUGAGGAAGAGCUGGGUCCUCUGCCCGACAACUGGGAGAUGGCCUACACCGAGAAAGGGGAGGUCUACUUCAUAGAUCACAACACCAAAACUACAUCAUGGCUGGAUCCUCGGCUCGCAAAGAAAGCAAAGCCACCAGAAGAAUGCAGGGAAGACGAGCUGCCCUAUGGCUGGGAGAAGAUAGAUGACCCCAUCUACGGCAGCUACUACGUAGAUCACAUCAAUCGAAGGACCCAGUUUGAGAACCCAGUCCUGGAAGCAAAGAGACGCCUGGAGCAGCAGAGGCAGAUGCAGAGCCAGGGACUCUCCGCUCUACCACUGCCCACUAUAUACAGAGAGAAGCCUUUGUUUACGAGGGACCCAACCCAGCUGAAGGGCACCUUCCUGUCGACGGCCCUGCAGAAGAGCAACAUGGGAUUUGGCUUCACGAUCAUAGGAGGUGACGAGCCCGAUGAGUUCCUGCAAGUGAAGAGCGUAAUACCAGACGGACCCGCCGCACAGGAUGGAAAGAUGGACACAGGUGACGUCAUCGUCUACAUUAAUGACAUCUGUGUGCUUGGCACCACACACGCCGACGUGGUCAAGCUGUUCCAGUCCGUACCGAUCGGUCAGAGUGUGACCCUCGUGCUCUGUCGAGGCUACCCUCUGCCCUUUGACCCUGAGGAUCCCAGCGGCGCAGCAAGCACCUCCCUGACCCCCAUCGGCCUGGAGCACCGCCCCCUGGUGGUGAACGGCCGCAGCAGCUACGACCCCUACCUGGAGUAUCUAUCGUUGAGCUCCCAGCUGCCUCCUCAGGCUCUAGCCCAGGCCGGAGCCCCUCACCCCGGGGACACACAUCUGGACGGCUCAUCCCUGCCACCCACCACACCUGGCUCAUCCUCAGCACUCACGCCUCACGACGACAAUGUGUCCAUGGCCUCCUCGGGGACUGCAGGGGUUGCCGGGGCAACAGCACAAGGGGCAGAGCUGCUGACAGUUACCAUGGUGAAAGGGGCGGAGGGAUUUGGGUUCACUAUUGCCGACAGUCCCACUGGUCAGCGAGUUAAACAGGUGCUGGAGCCGGGCUCACAGGGAGCAUCAGGGCUGAUAGAGGGAGACCUGAUCCUGGAGGUGAACCAGCAGCCAGUUGCUGCAGCUGGACAUGGACGUGUGGUGGAGAUGCUCAAAGAGUGUCCUGUCGGAGCCGAGGCGACACUCCUCAUACAGAGAGCAGCAACAGGCCACGUCUCUCCAUGGAAGGCCUCCAAACAGUUGCCUGACCAAUGGGACCCACAUGGAAGCCCCCAAGCAACCCUGUCUGGCCCGGUCCUGCCUCCUGGCACGCCCUUCCCAAACCAGCCACAGCACCGCACUUCUGUGCCUGACUCAACUGAGGGCUUCGACCUUAACAAGCCUGACCCCUAUGACCUUUACGAGAAGUCAAGGGCUAUCUAUGAAAGCCGACGUCCAGAGUAUGAAGAAGUGGAGGUGCACCUUCUGAGGGAGAAGACCGGGUUCGGCUUCCGCAUCCUGGGGGGAGACGAGGCCGUGCAGGCUGUGAGUCCGGACGCCCGUGACAAGAUUGUUAUUGGCGCUAUAAUAGAGAACACUCCUGCUGAGCGCGAUGGGCGGCUUAGACCCGGGGAUGAGCUCAUUUCUGUGGAUAAAAAUGUGGUUGCUGGGAAACCGCACAAAUACGUAAUAGACUUGAUGCACGCAGCCGCUCGCAACGGUCAAGUCAGCCUGACUGUGAGAAGGAGAGUGCAAAUGCCUGGUGAACCAUGUCCUGUGAACGGCCGCAGCCCCGGCUCAGUGUCGACACAACACAGCUCUCCACGUAGUGACGCAGCCUCGGCUUCAGGCCCGCCGGUGGUUGCCGUCCCCGCUGCAACCUCUCCUCCAGAGGGAUCUGCCCUGCAAACCAGUGACGUGGUCAUUCACCGCAAGGAGAAUGAGGGCUUCGGCUUCGUCAUCAUCAGCUCCCUGAACAGACCGGAGAACGCCACCGUCAUCACUGUGCCCCAUAAAAUAGGACGUAUAAUCGAGGGCAGCCCUGCAGACCGAUGUGGGAAGCUGAAGGUGGGUGACCGGAUCCUGGCUGUGAACGGGCAGUCCAUCAUCAGCAUGCCGCACGCAGACAUUGUCAAGCUCAUUAAAGAUGCUGGGCUAACAGUCACACUUCACAUCGUACCGGAGGAGGGCUCCCAUUCUGGACCCAGCUCAGAGAAGCAGAGCCCCAUGACCCAGAAACACAGCCCCCAGCCCAGUCCUGUAGCCCAAUCAAGCCAAGGAGGCAUCCAGCCCAGCCAAACAGCUCCUCACCCGAGCCAAAUGGCCACUCAGACAGCACCUGCGCAGCCCGGUCAGACACCAGCUCAGACAAGCCAAACAGUGACUGGCCCUCCUGCACCAGCAGCCUCCCAGCCUGCACCAGCUGGAUCCCAGCAGAGCCCUGUCACCCAGCCCUCCGGCCCCCCUAUACAGCUCUACCUCCAUGACGGCAGGUCAGAGGUAAAAGCCAGACAGGAUGUCAAACCUGACUUCCGCCAUCCUCCAUUCACUGAUUACAGGCAACCACCGGUAGACUACCGCCACCCACCGGUGACCGAUUAUCGACAGCCACCGACGCUGGACUACCGACACCCACCUGGUCUGCUGGACUUCAGACAGCACCCUGCAGCUGCACAGUUCCCUCUGGGGAUCCCUGCAGACUUCAGACCACAAGACUUUGAUUACUUCACGGUGGAGCUGGAGAAAAGUGCAAAGGGUUUUGGUUUCAGUAUCCGCGGGGGCAGAGAGUACAAGAUGGACCUAUUUGUGUUGCGCCUUGCUGAGGACGGUCCUGCCAUACGUAAUGGGAGGAUGAGGGUGGGGGAUCAGAUCAUAGAGAUUAACGGGGACAGCACGCGGGACAUGACUCACGCCCGUGCAAUUGAACUCAUCAAGGCGGGAGGCAGGAGGGUCAGGCUGCUGCUAAAGAGAGGCACAGGACAGGUGCCAGAAUAUGACUGUGGCGGCCCCUGGGAUUCCCUUUCUACAAUCCACUCUGCCCUGCAGGAAGUGACCCUCGAACCCUACCCGAAUCCAUUGCUCUCAUCCCAUCCAGCCUCAGCCCCAGACUCCCCUCAUCAGCUCCCUCUAGAGGCCACAGUGUGCAUGGCAGACAAAGCUCCACAGCUGACAGACCACAGCUCCAUUAGAGGGGCUACAGGUGGCAGGUCCACCCAGCAGAAGUGCAUCAUCAGGGGGCAGGGAACCCCCCAGGGGUCUGGAGGGGUGGACUGUGGACCAGGCGACAGACAGCCUCGGGCUUUGCCUCCCAAAGCUGUCCUGGGGAGGCCUGCUGAAAGAAGAGAACGGCAGAGGGAGACUUGCUCCCCUUGCUGUGAGAGGAAGGGCCUACACACACAGGCAAUGAGCACUGUCUGGCCCUGGGACCCAUAUGUGAGUGUGAAUUUGAAUGGAGCCUCUCUAGGCAGUGGAGAUGGACAUGUCAGCCUCCAGGAGAGGCUGGUGUCCAGAGGUCUGUUCCCCAGAGAAGACGAGAGGGCCGGUGGCCACAGUGGGCUCUGCUGCCCCUCUAAAACCAUGGAAGAUCCUCCUGCAAGGAGCGCAGCUGCCUCCCCUGGGCCCUGGAACAUCCCUGGGUCUGAUAAACUGCCUGGCACCCUGAGGUCCUGGACCUCCACAGUAAGCAGGUAGAAAGGAUCUCGCUGGUCUGGACCAGAUCACACUGUCUGGCUCCUCGUUCAGUUUACCAUCGGAUGGAUGUCUGAGAAAAACUCCCUCGCUCUCUCUUUCUGUCCUGUUUUCCUUUCCAUCUACUUCUGAAAUCAUAUUUUAUGUUUCAUUUGUUCUUACAAGAUGAUUAUUACACCCACCACCUUAAAAAACAGGAACUUUCACAGCUAUUGUAACAUACAGUAUAAAACCUGAAGGAGACUACUCAAUACGUAGGCAUUUUGUACCCUCAGAUGUGACAGUUGUGAUCACAGAUGGAGCAACAAUGUGUGAUUCUGAGUGGAGCUUUGCUUUCAACGUGUACCUUUAACUGCUCGACCGUAUCUGGCUUCAGAUUCGUCAGUGCAACGUAACCUCAGAUGGAACAAAGUUCCUCACAGGAGAGAGACAUAUGUGCAUCGAAAAGAUUUACUUUUGCUCCAUUUUCUCUGUGCAGCGGGAAGAACGACUCUACAAAUCUGUCAGAUGGAGGCAGUGACACUGAAACUUCUCUUGAAACACGAGCUCCUGGAGGACAUGGCACUGACCCAAAUGACAGCUUGGUUAACCACACAUAUGUUAGAUCUCACAUGCCUACCAAUAUAUCAUAUACUGUAAAUGUAAAGAUGUGAAAAAUAUGUACAUUUGGUAAAUUCAAAAACAUACCUGUUGGUGUUUUUUGGGGCAGUGUUGUAGUUAGAUACAUUGUAAAGAAAAGAGAAAAAAAAACACCAGGACAGUAUUUUAGGAUCACUAUUUCCAUGGCCUCGUCUAUGACUACAUAUCAAAGACUGUGCAAGUCACCAAACCCAGACCACUGAGGGAGGCAGCGGUCGUGUGCAUGGAUAUAAACCACCAUGUCAUUAUACAGGGACUCACAUGUCUUUUAGAGGUAGAAUAUAGGGAGGAAAUCCUCUGUGGAGCUAACCAGUUGGUACUCAUGUGAGACAAAAAAAAAAGAUCUUUUUUCAUCAAAUUGAACUUUUGACUGACUGAAAACAGUUGGCUUAGUAAGAACCCAUAAUACUGUUUUGAGUUAUGUACACAACUUGAUCACAAGUCAACCAUGCAGUCAUUGUGCAGAAUUAUAAGCUGUGUUGUAUUCAUUUAAUGCUCAACAGAAAACUUUAUGUCCAGUCUAUAUUUCCCAUUUCUAUGCCUUUUACUGUGCUAAGUGUACCACAUCACUGUGGGAGAGGGGCAUCGGUGUGGGGAAGAGGAGGCCGAUGGUUAUGAGGUGGGGCGGAGUGCCUUACUCAAACUAAUGCCGAGCUGUUGCCGUCGUGAUUUGUUUUGGGAACCUGAAUGCAAAACAGAUAUUAGUGACCGUGCACACAUAUCAGCAAACUGUUGAGUUGUGGAGCCUCUUUCUCUUCGGACUUAACACACAAGCAGUAUAUACAGUUAUCUGGAUGCACUCUCAGCUGUAUAGCUUAUCAAUGUCAAUGAUUGCCCUUGUCCCCCUAGUGUUUAAAAAGGGGGAUCAAAUGUAGCCUGUAGCAUUACAUCCUCUUCUUAGAAAGUAGAGCUGUGAACGUUUAUCAAGACUGGGUCAUUAUCAAAGUGGGCCGAGCUUACUGUUGCUUCAGAUAUAUUAGCUUAAAUUGUCCACUCUGUAAAGAAAACAUUUGGUAACGCUUCAGAGUAACUUGCAGGUAUUUAGUGGUUCAUUUUACAGAGAGGGUGGUGCAGUUUGGUGAUAAUUAUUUUUUUUAAAAACUGAAAAAAAUGUUAAGUUGAUUUAGUGUUGAAGUGCCCACUCAUUCUAUUUGUGUUUGUAUGUAGUUGUUAAUUUGCAAAAGAUCUUAAUAUCUUAACAAUUAGAAUCUUAAAAGUUCUUUUAGUGACAUAAAAUACUUAGUUUUCAGUGUGUAGAUUUGUGGGAUUGUGUGAUUUGUACAUAUUAGCAUAUUAGCAAUGAGCACAUUUCCUGUAUACUACCAAAUAACACAACAGUCACACAGCAGAUACUAUUAGGAAAUUAUUAAAAACGAAUGUUGAUAGCAUUCUCAAGAAACAACUGAAUAUGCUUAUGUAUUGUUUGACAUACAAAUCUACAAACAGUAAGUAUUUUCUAUCUGCUAAAGAACAGUCAAGAAUCAAAUUUUUUUUUUUGCAAAUUAAAAACUAUGUAUGAAGCCAAAUGUGAUGAGUGGAAACUUUAUAAGCAAAACCAAUUUAGCACAUUUUUCUGUUUUGCUUAUAAUUUGUACCAAAGUGCACGACUGAACCGUUAAAUACCUGCAAAUUACUCAGAAAGUUUCCAGGAAAUUGGUAUGAAAGGAUCUGUAAAAUAUGUCAUACAGGUCAUGGUCAUCAAAGGAGGACUUGGUUCUCUCUAAAGCGUUACCAAACAUUUUGCUUUGCUUGCAGGCAGUACCAGCGCUCCCUGAAUCUGAACUCAAGAUCUUAGAUUUUAGAAAAAGCAGUUUAAUCACAAAUUUUGUUAGCAGCAUAGAGUGGAGCCAUGCUGCUAAUAAACUCAGACACCGGAGAUGAAGUCACUAUCUCUCUCUCAACAAGAUGUUUGCUCUCAUUUAAAAUGUAUCACCAGAGCUUUAGAGUGCUGGAGGACCAGAUUAAAAAACAAUCACAGUGCUUUGUGACAAUUUGACUGAAUGCAGCAUGAUGGCACAUCCAAGCUGUACAUGUAAACUGGGCUUCUAGUUAACUGCUUUUAGCAAGGCGGACUGCAGACUGAGACACUAAGACCUUGUGCACAAAGCAUCAUCCUUACAGAUCUUUACCCGCAUUAGUUUCUAAGUAUAACAAAUGGUCUUGAUUUUAUUGAGCUGACUUGAAAAGUUGAACAGAACCGUGGCUCAUGUGAUAAACUGGUUAACAUGUUAGCAAGGAGCAUGAGAACAUGCCAUUAGGCUGUAGAAAUGUGUUUACUGUGCGUGCAAAUGUCAGAAAAAGGUGAACGAAUACGUCAUCCAGCCCUCUGUCUCCAUCCAGGCCGUCCCCCUGCCUGCUGUGAGUGAUUUUGUAUACAGAAAACAAACAAACUGCUUUAUUGGAACCUGUGACGGAUGGCACGUUCAUAACUCCCCAUUGAGAUCAAGUAUAACUGUGUAGUGUUAAUUGUGUACUAUUCACCUUGUACAGCUGUAUUCCUACAAAUAUGGUUUACUGUAUCAUUGAUACUGUAGUUUCAAAGACGUGAACAACUAUUUUUAUGAAAUGCGACAGUACUGAUAUAUUACAUUUUGCUAAAAAACAAAAAACUUGUUUACUGAAAGAUAUUCUGAAAUACUGUCAAAUAAACUCUUGACAUGGUGUAAAAUA